AUGGAAAUAAAAGCAGGGAAGUCGUUUUGGAUUUUCUGCCUAAUUUGGUGUUUUUGCAAGGGCAAAGAACCCGUUCAGAUCGUUCAGGUCUCCACUGUAAGCAGGAGUGAAUGUGCCACCUGGGGCAAUUUUCACUUUCAUACUUUUGACCAUGUGAAGUACACGUUCCCUGGAACCUGCACUUAUGUCUUUGCUUCACACUGCAAUGAUAGCUACCAAGACUUUAACAUCCAAGUAAGACGCAGUGACAAGAGUACCCUCUUGAUAUAUUUCACUGUCACCAUUGAUGGAGUCAUCCUGGAGGUGAAAGAAACGGGCAUCACAGUGAAUGGGAACCCGAUCCCCCUGCCCUUCAGCUUGAAGAGCAUCCUGAUUGAAGACACCUGUGCUUACUUGCAAGUCACUUCCAAGCUGGGCCUGACACUCAAGUGGAACUGGGCUGACACUCUCCUAUUGGACCUGGAAGAAACAUAUAAAGGGAAAAUAUGUGGUCUGUGUGGGAACUAUGAUGGCAAUAAGAAGAAUGAUUUGAUUUUGGAUGGGUAUAAAAUGCACCCGAGGCAGUUUGGGAACUUUCACAAAGUAGAGGAUCCAUCAGAAAAGUGUGCUGAUGUCAGUCCAGAUGAUCACACUGGAAGAGAUCCUAGGAAGGAAGAUGACAGAUGCAGUAAAUAUAAAAAAAAAUGUAAGAAACUUCUGUCCCGCUUUGGAAACUGCCCUAAAUUGGUUGCUUUUGAUGACUACGUAGCCACCUGUACUGAAGAUAUGUGCCAUUGUGUGGUUAAUUCUUCUCACUCUGAUUUGGUUUCUAGCUGCAUAUGCAGCACUUUAAACCAAUACUCUCGAGACUGUGUCCUCAGGAAGGGAGAUCCUGGAAAAUGGAGAACCAAAGAGCUUUGCCAUCAGGAAUGCCCAAACAAUAUGGAGUAUAUGGAAUGUGGAAACUCCUGUGCAGACACAUGUGCUGACCCAGAGAGGAGCAAGAUUUGCAAAGCUCCGUGUACAGAUGGCUGCUUCUGUCCUCCUGGAACUAUCCUGGAUGAUCUCAGUGGCAAAAAAUGCAUCCCCAGAGACAGCUGCCCAUGUAUGUUUCAAGGCAAAGUCUACUCAUCAGGAGGGACUUACUCCACUCCUUGCCAAAACUGUACUUGCACUGGAGGUCACUGGAACUGUGUCACUCUGCCCUGUUCCGGAAGUUGCCAUAUAGAUGGAGGAUUUCAUAUAACAACAUUUGAUAAUAAAAGGUUCAAUUUUCAUGGCAAUUGCCAUUACGUCUUAGCUAAGAACACUGAUGACACAUUUGUGGUGAUUGGAGAGAUUGUCCAGUGUGGUACAUCAAAGACAAUGACUUGCUUAAAGAAUGUAUUAGUCACACUAGGAAGAACUACUAUAAAAAUAUGUUCCUGUGGAAAUAUCUACAUGAAUAAUUUUAUUGUGAAGCUGCCAGUAAGUAAAGAUGGCAUCACCAUCUUCCGACCCUCUACAUUUUUCAUCAAAAUCUUGUCCUCUGUUGGAGUACGGAUUCGAGUGCAAUUGAAGCCUAUAAUGCAGCUCUCCAUAACAGUGGAUCAUUCUUAUCAGAAUCGCACAGCUGGUCUUUGUGGCAAUUUCAAUAACAUCCAGACUGAUGAUUUUAGAACAGUCACUGGAGCUGUGGAAGAUUCAGCAUCUGCCUUUGGUAAUUCAUGGAAAACUAGAGCCAGCUGUUUUGAUGUUGAAGACAGCUUUGAAGAUCCUUGUGCAAACAGUGUGGAUAAAGAAAAAUUUGCCCAGCAUUGGUGUGCUCUUCUGUCUGAUACAAGCAGUGUGUUUGCUGAGUGCCAUUCUGUUGUAGACCCUUCUGUGUACAUCAAGAAAUGUAUGUACGACACAUGUAAUGCUGAGAAGAGUGAAGUGGCACUGUGCAGUGUGCUCUCUGCUUACUCCAGAGACUGUGUUACAGCAGGUGUGACCCUGAAGGGCUGGAGACAGGGGAUCUGUGAUCCCUCUGAGGAGUGUCCUGAGACUAUGGUUUAUAACUAUAGCGUGAAGUUCUGCAACCAGUCUUGCCGUUCCCUGGAUGAACCUGAUCCGCUGUGCAAAGUCCAGAUCACGCCAAUGGAGGGCUGUGGUUGCCCCGAAGGGACCUACCUCAAUGAUGAGGAGGAAUGUGUAACUCCAGCAGACUGUCCGUGCUACUACAAAGGCAAGAUUAUUCAGCCCGGGAACUCCUUCCAAGAGGACAAGCUGAUGUGUAAAUGCAUUCAAGGAAGAUUAGACUGCAUUGGAGAAACUGUCCUAGUAAAAGAUUGCCCUGCUCCUAUGUAUUACUUCAACUGCAGUUCUGCGGGCCCUGGUGCAGUCGGAUCGGAGUGCCAAAAAAGUUGCAAGACGCAGGACAUGCACUGUUAUGUCACAGAAUGUGUCUCCGGCUGCAUGUGUCCUGAUGGGCUGGUAUUGGAUGGCAGUGGGGGCUGUAUUUCCAAAGAUCAAUGCCCAUGCGUCCAUGGAGGACAGUUUUAUAAGCCUGGCGAAACCAUCAAAGUUGACUGCAACACAUGCACUUGUGACAAAAGGCAGUGGAAAUGUACAGACAACCCUUGCAAAGGAACCUGCACUGUCUAUGGAAAUGGGCAUUACAUGACCUUUGAUGGAGAGAACUUUGAUUUCCUUGGAGACUGUGAUUAUAUUUUGGCUCAGGAUUUUUGCCCCAACAACAUGGAUGCUGGCACUUUCCGAAUUGUAAUUCAGAAUAAUGCCUGUGGGAAGUCACUCUCCAUCUGUUCUCUGAAAAUCACUCUUAUUUUUGAGAGCAGUGAAAUCAGGCUCUUGGAAGGAAGAAUCCAGGAGAUAGCUACUGAUCCAGCCGCUGAGAAGAAUUACAAGGUGGAUCUCAGAGGAGGUUAUAUUGUGAUUGAAACAACUCAAGGGAUGAUCUUCAUGUGGGACCAGAAGACUACAGUUGUUGUUCAUGUGUCACCGUAUUUCCACGGAAAAGUCUGUGGCCUUUGUGGGGAUUUUGAUGGCCGCUCGAAGAAUGACUUUACAACCAGAGGGCAGUCAAUGGAGAUGAGCAUCCAGGAGUUUGGAAAUAGCUGGAAAAUAACCAGCACCUGCUCAAAUAUAAACAUGACUGACCUGUGUGCUGAUCAGCCUUUCAAGACUGUUCUGGGACAGAAGCACUGCAGCAUUAUUAAGAGUAGCAUCUUUGAGGCCUGUCACAGUAAGGUGAACCCAAUACCAUAUUAUGAAUCUUGUGUUUCUGACUUCUGUGGCUGUGACAGUGUGGGAGACUGUGAGUGCUUUUGUACCUCAGUUGCUGCUUAUUCAAGAAGCUGUAGCAGAGCCGGUGUCUGUAUCGACUGGAGGACUCCUGCCAUUUGUCCUGUGUUCUGUGAUUAUUACAAUCCACCUGGCAAGCACGAGUGGUUUUAUAAACCUUGUGGAGCUCCUUGUCUAAAGACCUGCAGGAACCCACAAGGAAAAUGUGGUAACUUGCUGUAUAGUUUAGAAGGCUGUUACCCGGAGUGUGGUGCUGAGAAGCCAUAUUUUGAUGAGGACCAGAGGGAGUGUGUUCCCCUGCUUAGCUGCACCUCCUGUGAUCCUGAAGCAAAACUGUGCGCCUCAGAUUCAAAUGAUUGCCUUUGCUGCUACAAUGGGAAGACUUACACCUUAAAUGAAGCUAUAUACAGUCAAACAGAUGGGACUGAGUGCAUUAAUGCUGUCUGUGGCCCUAAUGGGGAAAUCAUAAAAACAGUUAUCCCUUGCAGAACAUCAUACAUGCCAGCACAAGAGAUACAUAUGCAACCUAUAAUCUCUGCACCACCAUCACCAACGGUAGCCACCCCCUGCUUCUGCAGUGACAAUGGACAAUUGAUACAAAUGGGAGAAAAUGUUUCUCUGCCAGUGAAUGUAUCGGGUCACUGUGCUUACUCUGUUUGCAAUGCAUCAUGCCAGAUUGAAUUGAUCUGGACAGAGUGUAAACUAGGUCAUACUGAACCUCUCAAGAUCUGUGAUCCAGACUCUGAAAUCUGUCCACUGACACCUGCUCUGAAUGCAACAAGCCCAGUUCCUGCUUCUACAGCAGCUCCUGUGAGCGACUGUCUUGGACUCAUUCCUCCUAGAAAGUUUAAUGAAUCAUGGAACUUUGGAAACUGCCAGAUUGCCACUUGCUUGGGAGAAGAUGACAAUAUUAAAUUGUCCAGUAUGACUUGCCCUCCUCAGCAACUGAAAUUGUGUGUCAAUGGUUUCCCUUUCACAAAACACCACGAUGAAACCGGCUGCUGUGAAGUCUUUGAGUGCCAGUGUAUUUGCAGUGGAUGGGGAAAUGAGCAUUAUGUGACUUUUGAUGGAACAUACUAUCAUUUCAAAGAAAACUGCACCUAUGUGCUUGUGAAGCCAGUUCAACCUUACUCUUCCAACUUCUGGAUUCACAUAGACAACUACUACUGUGGUACCACUGAUGGAGCCAUUUGUUCAAUGUCUCUUCUCAUUUUCCACUCUGAUGCUGUUGUUAUUCUGACACAAGCAAUAGAACAUGGAAAAGAAACCAACUUGAUCCUGUUCAAUGAUAAGAAAGUUGUUCCGAACAUUUCCAAGAAUGGUAUCAGGAUAACCAGCUCUGGCCUUCAUGUCAUAGUUGAAAUACCUGAAUUAGAAGUUUAUGUCUCCUACAGUAGACUGGCAUUUUACAUAAAACUGCCUUUUGGAGUGUUUUAUAACAAUACCAUGGGGCUGUGCGGUACCUGCACUAACCGCAAGUCUGAUGAUGCUAUGAAAAGGAAUGGUGAGAUCACUGAGUCCUUCAAAGAGAUGGCAUUAGACUGGAAAGUGCCAGAUGCUACCAACAGAUACUGUAAUCCAGGUCCCUCCGAACUAGUUGAAGUUCGAAAUCAGCAGCGCUGUGAACCUACUGAUCUGUGCAAAAUCAUCUGGAAUCUGACUGCCUGCCACAGUGUGGUUCCCCCACAACCCUACUAUGCAGCCUGCGUGGCGAGUGAGUGCUCCGAGCUGGGCCCCCAGGCUAAGUGCCAGAGCAUGCAGACGUACGCAGCCUUGUGCGGGCUCCACGGGGUCUGCGUCGACUGGCGGAGUCAGACCAACGGGUGGUGUGAAGCCAACUGUGCUCAGGAUCAGGUCUACAUGCCUUGCGGGAAAGCAAAAAGAAAGACUUGCUUCAACAGAGAACUUGUGGCGGAUACCCUUCCCACCCAAAAUAAUCAACCAGUGUUUGUUGAAGGAUGCUACUGUCCUAAUGGAAAAACUCUCUUGAAUGAUCACGAUGGCAUUUGUGUUUCUGUCUGUGGUUGCACUGCACAAGAUGGAUCAGUGAAAAAGCCCAGCGAGGCUUGGGAGCAUGACUGUCAGUACUGUACUUGUGAUGAAACAACCUUGAACAUCUCCUGCUUUUCCCGCCCUUGUGCUAAGUCUCUGCCUGUCAAUUGCACGAAAGAAGGCUUUGUGCAAAAAACAAGAGCACGUCCAGAUGACCCAUGCUGUACAGAGACAGUCUGUGAAUGUGAUAUAAAAACCUGCAUUAUCAACAAAACAGCAUGCAGCUUAGGUUUCCAACCAGUGGUAUCUAUAUCUGAGGAUGGUUGUUGUCCUAUUUUCUCCUGUAUACCAAAAGGUGUAUGUGUUUCUGAAGGAGUUGAAUAUAAGCCUGGGGCAGUGGUGCCUAGGAAGUCGUGUGAGGACUGUGUGUGCACAGACGAGCAGGAUGUCGUUACGCAAACCAACCGCAUCCAGUGCGUUCCAGUGAAAUGCCAGACUGCCUGCCAGCAGGGGUUCCGCUAUGUGGAAGAAGAGGGCCAGUGCUGCAGCCAGUGCCGCCAAGUGGCUUGUGUGGCGACCUUCCCAUUUGGCAAUGUGACCAUUGAGGUUGGAAAGAGUUAUAAAGAUCCAUACGAUAACUGUACUAAGUACACAUGCACUGAAUUAGCAGGCCACUUCUCUUUGACUAGUACAGUAAAGGUCUGCCUACCAUUUGAGGCAUCAAACUGUGUUCCAGGGACAAUUGAUGUGACUUCGGAUGGCUGUUGUAAGACAUGUGUUGACCUACCACAUAAAUGCAAACGUAACAUGAAAGAACAAUAUAUCAUUCACAACAACUGUAAGUCUGCUGCUCCAGUCCCAGUGCCUUUCUGUGAAGGGACGUGCAGUACCUAUUCUGUGUAUUCCUUUGAAGCCAAUGAAAUGGAGCACAAAUGCAUUUGCUGCCAUGAAAAAAAGAGUCAUGAAGUGCAAGUGGAACUCGUUUGCUCUCAGCAUAAGACAGUCACGUUCACAUAUGUACAUGUAGACGAGUGUGGAUGCAUGGAAACAAAAUGCCCAAGGAAGAGAACAUGAAUGUAAACUCAUGGAGGUGUUUUGGCUCCCAUUUAAUGUUUCCUUAGCAUGUGAGUAGUUUAGAACAUAGCUCUGAGCAACCUUCAAGCAAUGUUAUUUUUCUCCUUUGUGUUUUCCUUCUGAUAAUAUAUGCAGUUAUGGAAAUUUACCAAAGGA